CAUUUCCAUGUCCGGAAUAAGACAUAUCUCGCGUCGAUUUGCUUUUCCACUGUGGAUUUACGUUUAUUUCUUGUUUCUAUUAGCUGAAGCGCGCUCGUUUAUUCACGGACGAUAUACCUCCACUUGAGGAUGAUGAGAGCUCCGACGGCGAUAAACAAAAAGACAAGAUGCCAUUUAAGAAGGGGCACAUCCAAACUUGGUGGAGGUACUUUCUCCGUGUGCCGUCAGAGUUGCGUCCUAUUUUCUGUCCAGUGUCGAAGUUAGGAGACUCUUUCAUCUUAUGCUCUGAGACUGCCAUCCUUUCACUUCUUUGGGGCAAUACAAAUUCAAAGACGCGCCCUGCGCGGCAUAUCAUGGAAUCUCAAGUCUGCUCUUCCGAGAUGGCCCACGAACUUGCAUCAGAGAAGUAUGGGGAGCUUUUCCGACUACUAUUUAUCAGAUACAAGGUCGAGACCAAGGCGGAUCCCCUCAAGAACCAGACUUCAUAUGGAAAGAAAACAACGACCAUGAACCGAUUGCUGAAGGACCAUCCAAAUACAUACGGCCAAGCUGCACUCGAUGGGUACAUGAAGAGGGUCUUUGCAAACCACAAGGCUAGGAAGCAAGCAGCUGCCGAAGGCACGGAGCCUCCCGUGCCCCCUGCCUUCCCAAGUAAUGACAGCGUCAAGGAGCACUAUGCCAUCAGCAAUAUGAUGAGAACAGACGGAGUCCAGCUCCACCUAAUGGCAUUUGAAAUACGACGACGAUGGCAGUCAUACAAAAUUAAGACGCGGAUCCCGGAGAUUACAUCGUGAUCUCUUAACAAAGGGUCUCUUGCAAAGGCUUUCGAUCAAGACCUCCAGAAUGUUAUGGUUGUGAGGAUGGACCCCGGUGAAGUAGUUUCAGCAUCAUUUUGUGCGCUGGACCCUCGAAAACCGAACCAAGUCACGAACCUGCCUAUCAGAGCUCCGCUCUCUACAGUCCCAGCUUGUCAUUCAGAGCCGCGUUGGAGGCCAAAAAACGCGAACGGGCCACUGUCA